AUGGGAGAAAUCAACACUUGUCUCAAACGUACAUUCACCAUUUUCAAUAUCAUCUUUGCCGUUUUUGGAGGCCUCAUCAUCCUUCUUGCAGUCCUGGCUCAUGUCUUAACUAGCAUACAUGGAGCUGAUAAUCUGGAAAACCGUACCCUCAGUCUUAUCAUGCUGUACGUGGUGGGUGCCAUUACUAUGGUGAUCGCCGGUCUGGGAGCCUAUGGAGCCCACAAAGAGAAGAAGGGCCCUCUGAUUGCUUUUCUUGUCUGCAUGGUCAUUGGGAGUCUGAUCAUGCUUCGUAUUGGAUUCCUCACUGCCUUUGCUCGCCCAAGGAUGGAGCCAGUUCUGAAAGAGGCAUUCAGCAAGUAUUUGCCUUUGGACCAGGCCCCAGAGGAUGUACAGGAGAUGACUCAAGCCAUCCAGAGUGAGAUGCAAUGCUGCGGUCUCUUCAGCUACACUGAUUGGCGCGAUAACAUUCCGGAUUCUUGCCUUUGCCACACGGAAUUUGAGGAGUCUGAGUGUGUGAGGGUUCUCUACAAGGUAUUGAUGACAAAGAAGAUCUACGCCAAACCAUGCUUCCCCAUUCUGAUGCACUACAUUCUGCUGAUCGCUGACAUCAUGCUCGCUGUUGUCUUCACUCUGGGCACGCUUGCUCUGCUGGGGAUGGGCCUGUCCUCUCUCAUGAUUCACCAGCUGAGAUACCCCAACAGAGCCCCGGUUCUGUUGACCGUGCCUGCCAUCUUCAGCCCACAUCCUCCUAAAUACCAGGAGCUUCAAAACUCUCCCAUGCACCCAGUCUACUGA